CCUGCAAGACUUUCAUUCACUCUGCCGCGUUCGUCCCAGAAAGGAACAGCCCAACCACGGGCCGUUGGCCCCUCCCCACUCUAACCACCACCACCACCACGACCACCAACAUCAUAAUCAUAAUCCUUCCUCCAUCUAUCUCGAGCACAGAUGGCAUGUUGAGGUCCAAUUGUGAACACAUGAGGAUCUAAAAACAAGAACCCCAUUUGGAAAGUUAACUUUGGAACUUCCUGCUUGGACUCUCUUUGGAUCAUCCACCAUGGCACAAUCUGCCACAUUGGUUCUGGCUCUAUCUCUGUGCCAGAUGUUUGCGGCGAACACAGUACUCAAUGAGCCCACUGAGGGCCCGGAUGUAUACCUGGAGCAGCACCCACGCCUGGCUCGCGGGGCGGACAAGGAGGAGCAGCAGUCUACCUCUGGCCAGUACUUUGAGAAAGACUCUGUGACGUUGCCGCAAGUCACCCAACUCUCCAACAUGUCAGAUCCAGAGGAUGCCUCUUGGGACCACUCCCCGGGACACUUCAAUCCUUUCUACCCACUGAGGCAAGGUUCCUUCACUGCCUAUACGACCGUGCUGGCAGCUGGCCUGCUGCUGGCAGUGGGUGUGGUGGGCAACAUGGCAGUCAUGUGUAUUGUGUGGAACAACUUCUAUAUGAGGUCAGCUUGGAACUACCUACUGGCCAGCGUUGCAUUCUGGGACUUCCUGAUGUUGCUGUUCUGCCUCCCUGUCGAGCUUGUCAACUGGCUGUCACACCGGCGCAUCCUGCCCGACAUCACCUGCCGAUUGGUGCCCUACAUGGAGGUGGUGUCUCUGGGUGUCACUUCCUUCACACUGUGUGUUCUGGGCAUCGACCGUUUCCACGCCGCCACCAGCUCGUCACAACGAAAGACACGGCGAGUGGAGCGCUGUCGCUCGGUACUGGUCAAGUUGGCCGUGGUAUGGGUCGCCGCUGUGCUGCUGGCCAGUCCUGAGCUCUUCUUAUGGCACGUCACAAGGACUGCCCACACCACCGCUGUCGACUCCUGUUCCAUCAGCGUCUCCUCCCCACCUUCCUUGCUCCUACCCGACUCCCUGCACUCGCUCCUGCACAGAUACCACCAGGCUCGCAUGUGGUGGACUUUUGGCUGUUACUUGUGCCUGCCCGUCCUCUUCACUGUCCUCUGCCAAAUGGCGACCCGCAACGUCCACAGUGACUCCAGCUCCACCUACAAGCAGCGGAGCCAUGACGACAUGUCCUCCAAUCACAAGCGACAUCAUCAGAAGGCGCAGGAGCAGCAGCUCAACUGCACAUUGUUAGCACUAGCGCUGGUGUACACCAUCUGUGCUCUGCCUGAACACAUAUGUAACAUCACGCUGGCGUACACCCACGUCACCAUCUCUGUGGACACGGCGGCCACGCUUGCGUUCUUACAUCACUUUCUAUUGUUCCUCAAGUCCUCCAUCACUCCUGUGGUACUGUUGUUUUUAUGUAAGGCGUUGGGUCGGGUUUUCGUGGACUGCUGCUGCUGCUGCUGUCGAGCAUGUCAGGAGAACUUGGUUGAAGGUUCUCCCGGGUCUGCUCACCUCCCGCUGAAGGCAACCAAAGAAGCAGCAAACUUCUUCGACAAAACAAAAGACGCGUCGCCUAUCUUGUCCAUCUCCAGUUAGAGAAUAUACUGCUCCUGCUUCAUUCUUUUCUCAUUACGUCCUGCAUCCUACUUUUUCACAUUCUGCUCUAUGGUCUCUCUAUAUCCUGCCUUUACUUCUUGUCUUCUUCUUCUCUGAAUUGUCAUCUGUAAUCACGAUAGAGACUGGUAGAACAUUUGGGAAGAGGUUUGACAAGGCCACAAAAAAGAAAAAAAAAACUCACUGUAUGGCACAGAUGCAUAAAGAUGAUGUUUAAGUAGCAGUUCCAAAUAAUUGUGUUAAUGUUGAAUGUGAAAAGAAAAAUUAAUCUUGUCAAGGUAGCUGAAUUUGAAUUGACACAAUUUAUUCUCUGCCAUGAUUUUCGUUUGUUGAUUUUUUUUUUAUGUAAAAAAUGUCAAUUAACAAUCUUUAGAAG